GUUAUCAGUGAGGAGCAUGCUGGGGGUUCGCCUUGGCCGAUAAGCUGGUGGUACUUAAAAGUGCGCAUGUCUGUCGGGGAAGGAUAUUUGCUCAACACCGCCGUGAAAGCUGCGAGUGCGAAGCACUCAGUAUGCAGGCGAUGGCAGUUGUGUUCGUGGCGCUGCUGUUGAUGGUGGGACGCUGCUCAGCUGUCGACCCUGAGGCGGCGGAUGACGCCGUGGAGGACCCUGGGACUGCGGUGAGGGCGGGGGAGGCGGUUGGGGAGGAGCUGGUCAAGGAGAGUCGACUGGGGGCCAAGGCCUCCCCGCGCAGCCGCUUCCCCGCCACCAUGAUGGGCUACAACCGCUACUACCCGGAGUACAGCCCCGAUUUCUACUACCCUCCGGGCUACCCGAGAUAUUACCCUUCAUAUCCCAACAAUUACUAUCCCACUUACCCCACAGCUAACUACCCUCCUGUGAACUAUCCCUCAAAUAACUAUUACCCGACGGGCUACCCUCCCUACUAUCCGUACGACUAUGUCCCCUACGGUGCAGGUGUCAACGAAUAUUCUGCUAGACACGAAAGGGCCUGAGUUACACUUGAACGCGAACCUGGCAAUAAAAUUUUAUCCACCAUAGUUUCGCUAAUUAGGUCCACUUCCAAAGUAUUUCCACCAACUAAAAUAAUAUUAUUUUCUUAUUAUCUCCUUUGUUUAUUAUUGACUUAUAUCUUUCCAAAGCUCUAUCGUCACAUCUUAGUGACCACUUGUAGCACAUACUGAUAAGCCUAACUUAUUGUUUACUACUUUUUACUGCAAUUAUACAAAGAUUAUUCUCCCUACCACGGUGACUGCAUCCCGAUCCUCUGGUGACUGGUUAUUACCCGUCUUUUGAAAUUCAAACGUGACAUUCUGUAAUACAUCAGUGUUGUGCACCAGAUUCCCUAAUCAUCCCCCUGAUGUUAUCGGGUAAUCAUCUUGUGGCACUUAUUUUUCAAUUUGUCCCUAAAUUUCUUCUACUCUGAUCAGAUGCUCAACACCCAUAUGAAUAGGUGACCAGCUCAGUAACUCUGGCUCAUCAGUGAAUCUGUUUCGAGAUACAUGCAUGUUCCGAUAGUAUUCACAUAGGACAUUUCACAUUCUUUCAUAAUCUUUCGUGAUGGGAUUAUGUUUUGUAAAUACUUUCUCCUUAAUUAAAAAGCCCCUUAAAUCGAAUAGUAGUUCGUAAUAUAAGGAUGCAAGUUGAAAAUACCUUACCAGAACGCAUAUUUAACAUAAACAAUCAAGCAGAGGAGAGAAAUAUUCUUCGGAAUGUGGAAAUAUUGUUUUCCACUUGAUAAAAAGAGCUUAUUGAUGAGUUUGAGAACUCAAUCGUAGCUCAUAUCUGUGGCUGUGCAACAAAAAAUAUAACGAACAGUUUGCUUAAAUCAAGUCGUUUUGUACAAUGAAGACUAAUUACAUUCCUUGUUACGUUUUGAUUGCUACCAGAAUGUCAAAAUGAAACUGUCUAAUUUGCUGUUGAGCUGACUUUUUAAAGACAGUGUAAUUUUUCCACAUAUCACCGGAAACUGUAUCUGUAAGUCGUCAAGUGGCAACAAUAGACAGCUACUUCCUCUAGAAGAAUUUUACAACCUGGAUAAUACAUGACGUUUUCUGGAAUAGCUUAUUUCUUUGUGCUGAUGUAUCACACCAAGCUAAAAUACUUUUACCGCUUUGUAGAUAUAAAUUCUGCACAAACUAUGUGAACCUUUUUUGUAUUUUAAAAAAUAAAGAGUAAUUUUUAAAUAGUC